UCUUGAGUGCCAACCCCACAGAUACAACAUACAUUUGCCACACACACUGACUGAGUUACUGAGUUAACAAGUUACUGAGUUAUAGAGGUAAUUAUUCACCAUCUGUUUAAAUGCAGAAUUUCUUCUGCUGAUCAAAGACAUUUUUUUUGUUUCUGUCCCAUAAGGUAAUAUUUACAGUGUCACAGGUUUCUGGUUGGUUCUGGGUGUGUGGACAUGCUGGACACAUGUUGGACACACAUUGGAUGGAGGACUUUGAGUCUUACAAGGAAGUCACUGAAGUAACUGAACUGUUUCAGGAAACUGACACAGAAUAGAAAUCAAUGACACCGCUGGUUAAAGCUCGAGAUCAUUAAGUCCUGUCAGGAUGGAUGGGGACAGUCGCCCCUGAAAGGCUCUUAUUUGAUCAUCUCUGCUGACAGGAAGUAGUGAGUCUUAUUGUGGAGAGUUGACCAGAUAAAGGGUGUGUGUGUGUGUGUAUGUCAGUCAGUCAAAGUCCAGUCCAGUCCAGACUGCAGCUGUGUGUGUGGAAAACAUGGAGGAACAGAAGAAGAAGAUUCUGUGUGUUGGUCUGGUGUGUCUCGACAUCAUCAACGUGGUCGACAAGUACCCAGAAGAAGACACUGAUACCAGAUGUUUGUCACAACGUUGGCAGCGAGGAGGAAACGCAUCAAACUCCUGCACGGUGCUGUCACUGCUGGGAGCUUCGAGCGCCUUCAUGGGUUCACUCUCUGCUGGACCUGUGGCUGAUUUUAUUUUGGAGGAUUUUCAGAAGUUCCAUAUCGAUGUGUCUUUGGUGUCUGAGCACGCUCAGUGUGUCCUUCCAGCCUCCGUGGUCAUCAGCAACAUCAGCACAGGAAGUCGCACCAUACUGCACAUGAACAGUUUCAUCAUGGCAGACUUCUCUCAGCGAAUGGUCGAUGUCUCAGCAGUGGUUUGGCAGGUCGAAGGUCAAACCCCGUGUGCGUGUUGUGUUGUUUGUCCGUCCAGCGGAUCUCGAACCGUCAUUCUCUCUGACAUGAACCUUCCUGAUGUCACUGCGGAGGAUUUCUCCAAAGUCGACCUUCAUCAGUUCAAGUGGAUCCACUGGGAGGGCCGAAAUGCCGAGGAGCAGGUGAAGAUGAUCCAGCAGGUGGUGACGUACAACAGCACGUUGCCACAGCAACAGAGAAUCACCAUCUCUGUGGAGAUAGAGAAGACCAGAGAGCCACUGUAUCAGCUGUUUCCUCAUGGUGACGUGGUGUUUGUCAGUAAGGACGUGGCUCGUCACUUUGGUUUCCAGACAGCUGACUCUGCUCUGAGAGGACUCUACAGUCGAGUCAGACCGGGGGCUGUUCUGAUUUGUGCCUGGGCAGAAAAAGGAGCGGAUGCUUUGUGUCCUGACGGUUCAGUCGUUCAUUCAGAUGCUUUUCCUCCUGAAUCUCUGGUGGACACUCUGGGAGCCGGGGACACGUUCAACUCUGCUGUCAUCUACACACUGUCCAACGGUGGGACCGUUCAGGACGCUCUGACCUUUGGCUGCAGAGUUGCUGGUAGGAAGUGUGGUUUCCAUGGUUAUGACGGCAUUGCUGCAGAGUUCUGCUCCUGACAUGGAUCGGAGAACUGAGGUUACAGUGAGAGGUUAUUCCCACUGUAAGAAACGAGGAGAUAAAAACACUGAAAUGAAAAUAAAGUGCUGAUUUUGAUCAGAGAUCAAACUAAAAAGUGAAGCUUCAUAAAAACUGUGACGUCAACAAAUGUUUACAACCUGAAAUUAACUGUUUUUUAGUUUAUAAUUAACUGAUGUAUAACGAUUAAUAAACAUGAUUGAUAACCGAUAGAUUGAUAAUCAAUUGUCAGCCGCUGAUGAUAAUCCGACGGUUCAGUUUUAAUGUACUGAGAUUAAAUGAAGUCACUUUUUUUUUUUAAAAAAGGAGUUUGUUCCUGACUUUUUUGCCUGAUGAAAAUAAAGUUUGUUUCACUGAUUAAUAAA